GUCGACAUUGACGACAUAACCUCCAUCCAGCGCCGAGCAAGCAACAACUCCUGGGUUGUCACCUUUGCGAGUAAAGCUGUAAAGGACGCUUGUCUCAACGAGCAUUCGAUCACAAUUGCCGGCUGUUCGGUCCUGGUUGGAGAUUGCGAGAAUAGGGUGUCAAUUGUCAAGGUGUAUGAAUUGCCCGAUGAGAUGCCAGAUUCUGUCAUCAUUGGCCGCCUUGCCCACUAUGGCAGAAUAAUUUCUUUCCGCCGCGACCGCGUAGCGGACGCCAUUUUGAAUGGCGUUCGUACCGCGCGAAUGUUCAUCGAGCGCCCUAUCCCCGCCCAAACGUUCAUUGCCGGCGAGUUUGUGCGGUUCUGGUAUCCAUCCCAGCCCAAGACCUGCCGCAAAUGCGGCUCAGAGGAUCACCUUGCGGCCGCUUGUAGGUCUCAACGCUGCUUCAAUUGCGAGCGGCCCGGCCAUCGCGCCGAACAGUGUGAUAUGCCCGCGCUUUGCCGGGUAUGUCUCUCUGAUGGUCAUGAGACCUCAAACUGCGCUUUUAUUUAUUACAGUUCAAAUGUAUCCGCCCCAAAGCCUACCGACACGCCCGCUGAGAAGGGGAAAUCAUAUUCUGGGGCCGCUAAGACCGGUCAAUUAGUGGAAGCCGCCAGAAAAGCCGAGGAAGAUGUCAGCCGGGCUAAACGAGUGGAAGAUGAGCGCGCGAGACGCGAGGAACGCGCGCGGAGGGAGAAGGAGGGAGAGAGAAAGGAGACAGAGGAGAAGGACAGGAGAGAGAAAGACAGGAAGGAGAAAGAUCGCAAGGAGAAGGAACGAAGAGAGCGAAAGGAGAAGGAGAGAGAAGAGAAAGACCGCGAAGAUCGAAAGGAGAGAGAUAAAAGGAAGCAGGACAAACAUCAUGAGAGGAGACGCAGAGAUAACGACGAUUACAGAAGAGAUGAGAGGAGCGAUCGCGAACGGGAUCGCGAUCGCUUUCGCCCUUCGCGCGAUCGCUCUUCUCAUCGCGACUAUGAGCAUAGUGAGAGCGAGUCUGGCUCGGAAAGCGAAGGUUGGACAACGGUAUCUCACCGCAAACGUAAGAGUAAGUCCUAUUAAUUUAUUCUAAUUAACAACCUUCGUGUAUAACUCGCUUAGAAUUCUUACCAUUAAUGUUCGUGGACUAGGUACUACUCGUAAACGCGAUCUCUUUCUUCAUGAGUUAAACGAAAAUUUAGACUAUGAUUUUUUUCUCUUACAAGAGACGCAUAUUUCCUCUAAAUCUCAGGCUGAUCUAGUUGAGAAAUGCUUUAAAGGCCAAUGUUUUUGGUCCUUUGGGAUCGGCAAAUCUGCCGGCGUAGCGAUUCUUGUUUCUCCUAAAUUUUCUGGUAAGAUUAUUCGCUAUGUCCAUGACACUGAUGGUAGAAUUCUAAGCCUUCUUGUUGAUCUGAACCCUUUUAAAUUUAAUAUUAUCUGUGUCUACGCUCCAAACACCGUGUCCGAUCGUAAUUUAUUUUUCAACCGUCUACAUACCUUUUUUCUGUCACCCGGCGAUUUAAUUUUAGGUGGAGAUUUUAAUUGUAUUGACUCCGAUCUUGAUCGCUUGCAUAUUAAAUCGGACUUUAGCGCGGACAAGCGUUGCCUGUCGGCCCUUAAGUCCGAUUUCUGCCUUGUUGAUGUCUUUCGUAAACAGAAUCCGAAAGCGAUUUCUUUCACCUGGUCUAAUAAAGAUUUUUCCCAGGCUUCUCGCCUCGAUCGCUUCUAUAUUUCUUCCUCUCUCUUACAGUCAGUUCGCGGAAAUAAGUGUUUUCCUUGUUCCCUUUCUGAUCACGAUUUCGUCGAUUUAUUUAUUUCCCCGGUUAACGUUUCUUUGCACGGAAGCGGUGUUUGGAAAUUUAAUUGCUCUCUUCUCUCUGAU